CUCUCCAUGUUGGUCUCACCACUGGAUUUAUUGCGCGGUAGACGGACAACCCAAUUUUUCCAUAAAACCUUGCGUUUCAACGCAGCAGUGUUCACGUCUAUUCUCAUCUCUCAAGUCAAACCGGGGUAUGAAACAGAGGAUACCUACUGGACUUGGGGUGGAUGCCAACAACUGAGAGAAGAUUGUUUUUGGUUUAGUCAUCGGGCGACAGCAGGAAAGGUGCACGCGUUCAGAUGCUCAGCUGACCCUGGCUUUUUUUUCCCCCUUGGCGAUAGCGGGAGAUGCUGCUGGAGUUGCUUUGGCGCCAUUCCGCUCUCUCUGUCUCUCUGGCUUUAAUCUUUCCAUGUUGGGACAAUACAUUUAGCGAAUGGAGAUGUGAAGAGGCUUAAAGUAUGGCAUGCAAAGAUGGUUUCUGCCAAGAAGGAGAUGGUAACUGCGAUGUACCCCAGUUACAUUUCGACUCUCUUCUACUUUUUCUGCUUGAUUGCUUGUGUAAAGAGAAUCUCUGGAACGAUAAAAAAGGAUGACAGAAUAUAUCCCGAGAAUUUCACACGCAUUUUAGACAGACUCCUGGACGGGUAUGACAACAGACUGCGACCUGGAUUUGGGGGUCCGGUGACAGAGGUGAAAACAGACAUUUAUGUGACAAGUUUCGGGCCUGUCUCUGAUGUUGAAAUGGAGUACACCAUGGACGUGUUCUUCAGACAGACAUGGGUCGACAGGAGGCUGAGGUACGAGGGUCCUAUUGAGAUCCUCCGACUCAACAACAUGAUGGUCGCCAAUGUGUGGACUCCUGACACCUUCUUCAGGAAUGGCAAGAAGUCUGUGGCACACAACAUGACUGCCCCCAACAGGUUGUUCCGCAUCAUGAAGAACGGCACGAUUCUUUACACCAUGAGGUUGACUAUCAGUGCAGAGUGUCCCAUGAAGCUUGUGGACUUCCCCAUGGAUGGACACGCAUGCCCUCUCAAGUUUGGAAGCUAUGCAUACCCUAAAACAGAGAUGAUUUAUACCUGGACCAAAGGACCACAGUAUUCAGUGGAGGUUCCCCCAGAAUCAUCCAGCCUAGUGCAGUAUGAUCUCAUUGGCCACACUGUCAGCAGUGAGGAGGUCAAGUCAAUCACAGGUGAAUACGUGGUGAUGACAGUGCACUUCCACUUGAAGCGGAAAAUGGGCUACUUCAUGAUUCAGACGUAUAUCCCCUGCAUCAUGACAGUAAUCCUCUCCCAAGUGUCCUUCUGGAUAAAUAAAGAAUCGGUCCCGGCUCGAACAGUCUUCGGCAUCACCACGGUCCUGACCAUGACCACGUUAAGCAUCAGCGCGCGCCACUCCCUCCCCAAAGUCUCCUACGCCACCGCCAUGGACUGGUUCAUUGCCGUGUGCUUCGCCUUUGUCUUCUCCGCUCUCAUAGAGUUCGCUGCCGUCAACUACUUCACCAAUGCAGAGAUGGAGAGACUGAAAAGGAAGCCGCCAAAAUGCCCGCCGGCGCCCCAAACAACCCCAGUGAAAGUGAAGGAUAUGGAGGAAGUUCUGCAGCAUAACCCUGACACCAAUGGUAACCUGCGGAAACGGAUGAACUAUAUGUCCCAGCAAGAUGGCCAGAAAGCCGAGUCAAACAGCACAGCAGCGGCAAGAGGGGUAACCAGGAAACAACCCCAGUCUGGCCAAUCAUCUUCAUCCAAAGGGGCAACUGGCGGCGCCAUCAUCCUACCACACUCCAGUCCCGGCCCCGCCAGCCAACCCAACACUUCCUCCUUGACCCUGUCUGCCAUGAACACGCCCCUGGCUCCACCCACAACUGAAAAAGCAAUGACAAUACUAGCCAACCAGAGCCAGCCCACCGCUGACUCCUCGCUCCGGGACCUUCUAGCACCCAGACUGGAGCACAUUCAGCUGAUGGGCAAAAAUGAGCCCAAGCAGUCGCCAUGCUCCCAGCCAACCACCGCCAGUAUGGGUGGGACCAGUAAAAUCGACAAGUAUGCCCGCAUCCUGUUCCCGGUGUCCUUUGGCGCAUUCAACAUGGUGUACUGGGUGGUUUACUUGUCAAAAGAUACCAUGGAGGCCAAAUUUAGAGGCCAAAUCUAGUUUCUAGCUCCUCUUGGGGUCAUUUUGGGAAUCCUUUUCUACAAAAUGUAAAAUGACAGGAGAGAAAGAGCUUUGGAGACAUGGGAGAUUAAAUCAUUUUUCAACUAACAAGGAAACCAAAUAUGCUGGACAAGAGCCUCAAAAGAUUACACCCAGGAAUACUAAUCUCUGCACAUCUGUUUGUUUCAUUUCCGAGAGGUCUUCUGAGAAUGAGCAUGGUAAAAAAAAAAAAAAAAAAAAAAAAAAAUGUUUU